UGCUUGUUUCCUUCGUCCAGGUUGAAAGCUUUUGCCAGAUUUCUGCUUAAAGAUUGACUUUCCUGUGUAAACAUUUUCCUGUUAAAAUGUCCUUGCCUCUAACAGAGGAGCAGCAGAAAAAGAUUGAAGAAAAUCGACAAAAGGCUCUAGCUCGUAGAGCUGAGAAAUUAUUAGCAGAACAGCAUCAGAGUAAAGGCCGUCAAACCCUUGCUGUCAAACCUUCCCAGUCUACUCAAGGCUCUUCCCCAAGUCUUCCCAGUGUUCCUUUUAGACCCAGGAGCCAGGGUGUCAUUUUUAAUGAACCUCAGAACCUCAGAAGUUCACUUAUUGCUGACCCAAGACCUCAGAAUUCUCAAGGCCUUAAUCCUAGCACACCACAACUUGCAAAGGGGCCAUGGAAACAGCCAGAAGAGAUGCACACAGCCUGCCCAAGCCACUGUCCACCAAGUCAAAUGACUCUCACAGCCAUUUCCCCUCCAUUGGCAGGAAGCUCUCCAGAGAUCAGCCAACAGCUUUCAGGGUUCAAGGUAGAUCAGGUUCAUCCCCAGACUUCUUAUGAGAUCCAGUCAACACCUUCUCAGAGCACAACUCAUGAGACUUUAGGCAAAGCCAAAACAUCAUGUGAGACACUAGCUUCAUGCUCUGCAGAGCCUCCCAAGAACCCUGAUGUAGGAGCCAAGACAACAAGACCAUCAACAUCAGGGCAGACUGUUUCCAGCAUCCAUCAUGUGCCCCCCACGCCAGAAGGGAGACUCCAACAGAAGGGAAAAUGCAUAAGAAAUGGAAAUCGGUUUCAGGUGGUGAUUGGCUAUGAUGCCAAGCUCAUUGCAGUGUUUAAGAGUUUGCCCAGCAGAAGUUAUGAUCCUGACACCAAGAGAUGGAACUUCAGCAUGAAUGACUACAAAGCCCUGAUGAAUGCAGUACAACACCUUCCGACCGUCACCUUGCAGCCUUUGGAAGAGGCUCCCUGCAAUGGGGAGACCCAAUCAGCCACCAGUGCCAGCGCUGCAGCCCACACCCAACUGCCUCCUGCCUGCUCACUCACCUUUGUCAAAGGGAAGUGCCUGCUCAUUUCCAGGACACGAUUCGAGGCAGAUAUUGGCUAUUCAAAAGACCUGAUUGAACUCUUUAAACAGAUGAAGUCCAAGAUUUACGAUGUCAAGACCAGGAAAUGGAACUUUCUGUUGGAGGAGCACAAUAUGUUAAUUGAAUGUGUGCGCCUCCUCCCACAAGUUCAGCUGGAACCUUUGCCUAAGACGUUAGCCCAGGCCUUCGCCUCUCAGCUGAAGAAGACAUGUUUGGAAGCAGACAUUCCUGACGCAGACCUUUCCAGAGUGGACACCAAGCUUGUGUCUAGCCUACUGCCCUUUCAGAGAGCUGGAGUCAAUUUCGCCAUAGCCAAAGGAGGCCGCCUGCUCCUGGCUGACGACAUGGGCCUGGGCAAGACCGUCCAAGCCAUCUGCAUCGCCGCCUUUUACCGGAAGGAGUGGCCACUGCUGGUGGUGGUGCCAUCUUCUGUGCGCUUCACCUGGGAGCAGGCCUUCCUUCAGUGGCUGCCAUCUCUGAGCACAGACAGCAUCAACGUAGUGGUGACAGGAAAGGACCGUCUGGCUGCUGGCCUGGUCAAUAUCAUCAGUUUUGACCUUUUGAGCAAGAUGGAAAAGCAACUGAAAACCUCUUUCAAAGUGGUCAUCAUCGAUGAAUCCCACUUCCUCAAGAACAGUAAGACUGCUCGCUGUCGUGCAGCCAUGCCUAUCCUCAAGAUGGCCAAGAGGGUGAUCUUACUGUCAGGCACACCAGCCAUGUCCCGGCCUGCAGAGCUCUACACGCAGAUCAUUGCUGUCAAGCCCACGUUUUUCCCGCACUUCCAUCUCUUCGGACUUCGCUACUGUGAUGCCAAGCGGCAGCCCUGGGGAUGGGACUACUCAGGCUCCUCCAAUUUAGGGGAGCUGAAACUUCUGCUGGAGGAGGCGGUGAUGCUGCGCCGCCUCAAGAGUGACGUCCUCUCUCAGCUCCCAGCCAAGCAGCGCAAGAUGGUGGUGUUGGCCCCCGAACGGAUGAAUGCCAAGACCAGAGCUGCCCUCGAUGCUGCCACCAAGGAAAUGACCACCUGGGACACUAAACAGAAGCAGAAAGAAGCCCUCUUUGCCUUCUUCAACAGGACAGCUGAAGCCAAAAUCCCAUCUAUCAUUGAGUACAUCCUGGACCUUUUGGAAAGCGGGAAAGAGAAGUUUCUGGUGUUUGCACACCAUAAGGUGGUGUUGGAUGCAGUCACUAAAGAACUUGACAGAAAGGAUGUGCCACACAUCCGCAUCGAUGGUUCCACCUCCUCAGCUGACCGUGAGACUCGGUGCCAGCAGUUCCAGCUGUCUGAGAGGCACUCUGUGGCUGUGCUGUCCAUUACUGCCGCCAACAUGGGCCUCACCUUAUCCGCAGCAAACCUGGUGGUGUUCGCAGAGCUCUUUUGGAACCCAGGGAUGCUGAUCCAGGCAGAGGACCGUGUACACCGCAUUGGCCAGACGAGCUCUGUGAGCAUCCACUACCUGGUGGCGAAAGGCACAGCAGAUGACUACCUGUGGCCCCUGAUUCAAGAAAAGAUUAAAGUGCUGGGUGAAGCUGGCCUUUCUGAAGCCAGUUUUUCUGAAAUGACAGAAGCCACUGAUUACCUGUAUAAGGACCCAAAGCAGCAGAAGAUCUAUGACCUUUUUCAGAAUUCCUUUGAAGAAGACAAAGAGUUCCUGCUGGCUUUGGAUUCCUUUGACUCCGGAUGUGCUUCACAAGCAUCUGGAAGUGAUUCCCAGCACCAGAAAGAAACGUUGGAUGAUAGUACCUCACCAAAGAAAAGGAGAUUUGAAUUUUUUGAUAACUGGGACAGUUUUACAAAUCCCUCAUAAUGGGGGGGGGGGCUCAAUACUUUUUAAGAUUACAUUGUUAAUUAAAGUAAAAUAAGGUGUUUGUUUUUA